GCACGCCUCGACACGUGCACGUGUUGCGCCCGCGCGCGCUCUCCGAAAACACAUCGCCUCGCCGCGCCAUCGAACAAGGAUGCAGCAACAGAGCAACUGCGUCGAGCUGGCUACUCUUGAGCAUCCGGCCAACGGCCACGAACGCAACGACCUCGUAGAUUACCCGAAGCAUAUUGAAACAAAUAUUACGCCUGGAAAACAAACUGAGCAUCCAAAGGAGUACAUAGACUCUAUUAAAUCCGUGGAAUCAAAAGCCCAGAACGAUUUCCAAUCAGGAUCAACAAGUAACGAAAAGCAAUUACCAAGUGAAAAAAUGGUGAAAAUUAAGAAAAAAGUAGGCAUUAUGCUAAUAGUGUCUUUCUUCUGUUUGGCAUUUGGAGUUACCUGUGCAGUUCUUUGGCCUUCGAUAUUUCGUGAUAUUAUUCAUAAGCAAUUUACUUUAUCACCUGAAUCAAUCAAUUAUAAAAUGUGGAAUGCAACUCCAGUGCCAAUGUAUUUGAAUAUUUAUCUUUACAAUUGGACAAAUCAUGAUAAACUGUAUGAAACGCCACACUUUGAGCAAUUAGGACCCUACGUAUUUAGGGAAAUAGAUUAUAAAGUGGUCAAAGCAUGGAAUGAAAAUGGUACUGUCACGUUUCAACAGAGAAAAAAUUGGCAUUUUGAACCAACAAUGUCCACUGGAUCACUAAGCGACCAAGUAACAAACAUGAAUCCUAUUACCAUUACAAUGGCAUAUACACUUAGGAAUGCAGAAGAUCAUCUUAAAAAGCUAAUAAAUUUGAUAUUAAAGGAAGUUGAAGGUAUAACUUUAACUGCAUCAGUAAAAACAAUUUUGUUUGAUGGUUAUGAAGACAAAUUACUCAAAUAUGCUGUUAAGUAUAAGUUAACAACUAUACCUUAUGAAAAGUUUGCAUGGUUUUAUGCGCGUAAUGAUUCUAAGACAUAUGAUGGAACUUUCAACAUGUUAACAGGAUCAAAAAAUAUAAAUGAAUUAGGAAUGAUUAAAGAGUGGCAAUUUAAUAACCGUUCUACUUAUCAUCCAAAAAGUUGCGGGCCAAUAAAAGGUACAAAUGGAGAUUUGUGGCCUCCACUACCUGAUAAUAAAACUGUUUCAGUAUUUUCUCCUGACGUUUGCACAACUUUAACUUUAAAAGCAGAUGGUACAAAUGAGUGGUUAGGUCUUACUGGAAAUAAAUAUAUAUCAGAUGCAGAAAUGUUUGAUAAUGGUGAUAAAGUACCAUCUAGAAAAUGUUACUGCGAAGAUAGUCAAUGCCAACCUAGUGGUACAUUGAAUGUAUCACUUUGCAAAUGGGGGGCACCAGCAUUUGUCAGUCUACCCCAUUUUUAUCUAGCUGAUAAAAGUUAUCUACAAAAUAUAAGUGGAAUGAAUCCGCAGAAAGAAAAACAUGAGUUCAGAUUAAUUGUACAACCAGAUACUGGUGUCCCACUACAAGUACGAGCUGCUUUACAAGUUAAUUUUUUGGUAGAACCAGAAUAUGGUUUCAAACUCUUUAAAGAUCUUCCAAAAAUGUAUGUUCCUAUGUUGUGGUUUACACAAGAGGUUAAUUUAACAUCUGAAUAUGCUAGUCAAGUUAAAUUGCUUCUUGUACUUCCUCCUCUUGGAAGUGGAGUCAGCAUUUCUGUAGCAAUAUUAGGGAUACUUUUAAUAGUUAUAUCUGCCUUUUUAUUCUUUCGGCAAAAGAAAGAAGAUGACCAAAAACAUCUUUUAUCAAAAAAUUCUAGCAAAGAUAAAGACCUUGAUGCAGCUGUAAAUAAUGAAGAAUAGAUAUAAUAAUGAAUAGAUAAUAGUGAAAAGCACCUUAUAAGUUUCUCAUAUUAGAUAUUAAUGGAAUUAUAAAUGAAAGUGUGAGAGUAUAAGCUUAAAGUAUCUGCUCACAUUUGAAAGAUUUUGUAAAUUUAUAAAGUGCCUCGUAACUCUUCAAAAUGUUUGAAGUAAGUUUUUUUACUCUUAAUUUUGGUGCAUAAACUCAACUACAUACUUAUCACUGAAAAUGCUUAUCUGGCUUUGUGCACAAGAAAUAAUAAUUUGUUCUCCACAUCGGUGUAGUCUUUGAAAUAAGUUUUUAAAGAUUUCUACAAUUAUUCAUUAUUAAAAGUACUGACUAAUGAAUUUAAAAAUUUCACAUUAAAAAUAUAAAUCUCGUUAAAAUAAUAUGUCUAUUAAAGUAAAUAUAAUAUUGCGGCAUGCUAAUUUAAUCAAUGGCUUAUUUCUGCAUCAAUCGUAUUUUUGUUGAUAUAUUUUAAAAAAGUUCAAUUAUAUAUAUUAGAAAAUUUAUUCGAUAAUAUUACAUUUAUCGUGAAACAAUAUUGUUAUGACAAAAUUUGUCGGACUGUGCAAAAUAAAUUAAUAUUUUGCGUUCGGAUUUUUGACCCUUUAUAGUAUGUUAUUUAAAAAACUAUUAUCAAUUGCUUCUCAAAUUUCAUUGGAAAAUUUUAGAAGAAAUAUUUAACAAUGGUAAAUUCGUUAUAAUCGAAAGUUAAAAGGCAUUCUACUCAGCGUGUAUGAACUUACAAAUAGUUUUUAUCUAUUCUGUAAAUAAAAUGUAAAUUUUUAGUAGUUAUUGUAUAGCCAAAAAAAUAAGGUAUUACCAAAACUUCUCAAUCAAAUGUUUAGAUGAGUGUGAUUAAUGCACCUAUAGUUAUCUUAUUGAAAAAAGUAAAGAAUAAUUAUCGUUGAACUUUUCGUAGCUUUAUAUCACGCUCGUUCAGUUUAAACAGAAAUUGGAUGUUAUUUUUAGGUAAAAGGUUUUGGUAUUGCAAUUGUACAUAUAUGUAAAUAAUAUCAAACCUUCAACUUAUUUUUUAAGAAAAUUAAAGACCUUCCAUUUCUAUAUCUAGCUUCCAAUAUCUUAUAAAUCUCGAAUAUGCAUUACAAUGCCGAGAAAGCGAUUUAUAUCGGUAGAUUAAUGUAAUGAAAAUACCAUCGAUCAAUUUUAUUCACUGCAGCAAUUUCUUUUAAAAUUAACUUGAUAACAAAAAAUAUCACAAAAUUAAAAAGGCUAAAUAUUGGAAACAAAAAGCCAAUUAUACUUUAGAAAUUCAUUGUCAGAAAUCUUUAUGAAAAAAACUAUUGCACCAUAUUAGAGCCGAAAUUGAUUCACAGUACAUACUUUUAUCGCACUGAUCUAGUAAUUUAUAUUUUUCUUGGCAUUGCGGUUCUUAUUCCUGAUUAAACUUUGUAGUAAAGAUUACCCAACCCAUUACUUAUACAUAUGUCAUAGGCAAUUGAUAUAUUGCCGAAAAAUGACAGAGUAAAUCAUUACAAUCACCGUACUUCCAUCUACCAAGCAUGAUUCAGACUGUCAGUCGAAUGCCGGGAGUUGAAAAGCUAAUCAUUUUAAAUCGUGCAAUCAGUUCAUUUUCCAAGGAAUUGUAAUAAGUUAUAAAUAUGUGUAUUAUUAAUUAUAAUGACUAUUUAUUAUUAUUUAUCGGGUUAAUAUUCGAUAACAUCUCCAGUCACAAUUAAUUUGUGCAAUGUCAUGAAUAAUAAUUUAAAUAUUAGUGGGUUCUUUCGAAGUACACGUCAAAUCUACAAUAGUUAGUUUUCCAAUAAUCAAAACGAAUCAAAAUUAUUAUUUCCACUAGCAAUUAAUAGGGACGGUCAUUCUUAGAAUUUAUUGACAUUUGAAAAUUAAUUGGGUGCACUUACCACUAUGCUACCGGGGAUUCUCAGAAUUUAUUUAAUCACUGAUAUUAUUAUUCAACAUUUUGCUGAUCUCUUUAUCAGCCUCCUCAGGAUAAGUCUACAUUCAAAAAAUUACGUUACAAAUUGUUAAUAGCGAUGUACUACCUUGUCAUAUAUUGGUCUCUCGUUUUUUUGCACAUAAAUCGGAGAAUGACCUUCCGUAUCGAUCACUAGUGUUAUGAUUAUUAUAUGAUGAAGGGUGACAAAAAUUUUUAUUUUGUUUAAAUGAAUUAUAUUCUGAUACUUGUUUGUAAGUUUUAUUCAGACUAACUGCUUGAUUUAAAAUAAUCGGUCUUUCUAUUGUCGACAAUCGUCCGACUGAACAAAACAAAGUAGAUGAAAGAACCAAGGGUCAUUUCAAUGGUGCAUCCUUCAAUUUUCCAAUAGUAUACCGGCUUCUACCAAAAGCCUAUAAUAUAUAUUUAUAGACAUAUAUGAACCAACUGUAAUGCUAACAUUUAUUUUAUUGCUUAAUAAAAUUAACAAGAAAAGGUCCCCACGUGUACCUCACCGAUUUUUAUUAUGUUGUAAUAUUCAAGAUAAUAUUCAAUAUUAAGAUUCACCCCUAAAGUUAACUGCUCAAAACAGUCUUUUUAAUAUCUCAAAAACUACUUAGACUUUUUGAAUGAAAUCAAAGUCGAAAUAUUCCGUAUAAAAUUACGCCACUGUAGACACAACUUUGGUACCAAAGGAUUAUAACUCCUUUUUUUCCAGGGGUAAAUAUAAAUUUUUUCUUUUCUUUACACGAAAUUUAUAAAAUUAGCUAGUUUAAUCUAAAAAAAGACAAAAUGGAAAUACAAAUAUCUGGUCCUGUGAUACGCAUAUAGGACCUUCAGGUAGCUAGCAACACGAUUAUGCGUAUUGCUGGGCCUCAGCGUUAAAAGAUUCGAAUUAGGUUUUCUAAUAUAUAUUUGCAUGUUACGAGGCCUCGGAAAAGUAAAUACUUACUCAAAUAACUUGAAAAAGAAAUUUAUCAAUGCGACGUCCUUCGGUUACAGGUCCUUGAAGUACCACUCAUCGCGGCCCAAUAAAACAAAAAUUUUCUUGCGCCCUCUUUUACGCAAGUCUGAUCUGACGUGGUUACAAUAUGCUUGUUUAAAGGGAAGAUAUUCCGCGUGCGGUUCAUGAAAUUCCCUAAUUUUUUUUUCAGAAAUUUUACACAUCGGAAUUCCGACGGGCUAUCCCCAAUCGACGAUCACUCUUGUGCCUGUAAAAGUGGAAGUAUUUUUAGCGUGGUCCUGCAAAACGUAUUUACAUGUUACGAGACCUGGGAAGAUUGAAUUUCAAUCUUUCCUGGCCUCGCAUCAUGCAUAAUAUCAGAAAUAUAAAAAAUUAAAGUUGACAUGUUUCGGGGUUUUUGAAGGAAAAAUGUUCCUAGAGUUAUUUUGCCUCUAAUCAUUUUUUUCAUUAAUAUUUUAGGAAAUAAAAAUACCCAAACCUUAAAUAGCUUUCAAGAUCUUAUUUUCCAAGAAAAUGGUUCAGUCAAAAGUCGUAGGAUUUCAUUCAAGAAUCUUAAAAGAUUUACAAAGAUUUACAAAGAAAAGGUUUACUGAAAUAAAUUGCGAUUGUGCAACAAUUUAUGUGCUUUUGUUUUUUCUUUUUCUUUUUUUACAUUGUUUUGUUGUAUUUAUUAUGUACUACCACCUUGUGUGUGUGUAUGUACCUCUAUAAGUUUUACUGUCUAGAAAAAAUAUCGUGAAAUAAUAAAUAAUAAAAAAUAACCCUCCAAAAUGACAUUGGGGUCAAGUCAAAAUCAUCAAGAAAUUCCUUAAAUAAAAUUCUACAACUUUUGUAUGAAAUAUUUUCUCAAAAAAUACGAUCUUAAAAAGUUAUCCAAAGGUAUUUAUUUCUAUGAUACUAAAGAAAGUUUUUAUUUCUAUAAUGCUGAAAUAAAAAAAUAAUUUUAGAGAUAAUUAAAGCCUAGGAAAAUUUUGUCUUCAAUAAACCCGAAAUAUAUCAUCUUCAACUUUUUAUAUUUCUAAUAACAAUUGUAUUUUUAGACUAAAUUAACUGAUUUCAUAAAUUUUGUAUGAAAAGUAAAGAAAAAAAAUUGAUAUUUACCCCUGAAAAAAUAAGAGUUUCAACCCUUUGGUACAAAAGUUAUGUCUACAGAAGCAUAUUUUUACAUGGAAUGACGGUUUCAUUCAAAAAUUCCAAGUAGUUUUUGUGAUAUUAAAAAAAUUGUUUUAGGGUGAACUUUAGAGAUAAUUGACAUCCCUUAAAUCAGAGAAUUAUCACUUAAAAAAAAUACAUGUGAAAUUUUCUUAAGUAUUACAAUAUGUUACAAAAUGAUCAAUAUCGACGAGGUACACUUAGGGACCCUUCCAUAAAUAUUUGAUAUAAAAGUUAGAACUAUGAAUGAUUCCAUAAACUAUUACAAUUUUAUACAUUUGUAAAUUAUUAAAAAAAAAAUUUGGUUUUAAGUUUUAGUUGCGACUUAAUUGUUACAGCUAUUACGUAUAUUUCAUUUCUUACUUUGCCGUAGACAAUAAAUUUAAGUGACGUGGCAUAAAAUUGACUUACGGUAGAAUAGAAGAUAUAAAUUUAAAUGCUGCAAAGGUUUUCCAUAUGUAUAAAGCUUACGUUUACAAGAUUUAUUAUACUUAUGUUCUGCAACUGUUUCUUGUGAAGCGAUGCACUUUUUUAUACAAUAUUAAUCUUGUUGAGAAUAAAAGGAUUUAA